AAAAAAAAAAGAAAAACAAAGACGUGGUGCCAUAGCUCUAGUUUCUUUUCGUUUCUUUUCAUCGUUCACGGAAAGAAAUGGUAUUUUCUCGGGUAAACGUGUGUUCAAUAAUAGUGUUGAUAAUACUUAUGGGUAUGUUGCGAGAGUCUUUAGCCUCAGUCCACAAAGUGGGUGGCUCCGCCGGAUGGACUAUUCUCGGCAAAGUCGACUACAAUAAAUGGACUUCAUCCAACACUUUCACCGCCGGAGAUUCUCUCCUAUUUGUGUACAAUAGCCAGUUUCACAACGUGAAGCAAGUGAGCCGCCGUGACUUCCUCUCGUGCAACGCCACGUCAGCCAUGGCCACCUACACUUCGGGAUCCGACACGGUGGCUCUUACAAAACCCGGCCACUUCUAUUUCCUCUGCGGCUUUCCUGGCCACUGCCAAGCCGGUCAGAAGCUCCAUGUCCUAGUGGGUGCCACCAUAGGCAGUCCCAGCCUCAGCCCAGCUUCUACCCCUGAUCCGUCACUUUCCCCCGGGUCAUCUCCAUCUCCGGCCAGGGUUUCCGAGGAUACCGCUCAAAACGGUGGCUUUUCAUCGUCAGUGUCAACGGCUUUGACUUCAGCUAUGAGUGGUGUUGUCGUGUUUUUGGUGGCAUUGCUCUAAUAUUGAUUAAGAGAUUUGGUCACGUUUUGUUUUUACUUAUGUUUCCCUAAUUUUCGGCUUUGUGUGUGUGUGUUUUACUUUUACUUUUUCUACCUAGCCACUUCCUUUUGUUACUUGUUUUUGAAACCUUUAUAAUGAUUAAGAGUAUUAGGUAUGAUUAAUGAUCUUAUGUUGUCGGUUGAUGUG